CCAGACUCACAUACCCACAUUCACACCUACAUCCAGACCCACACCUGCACUCCAGGCCCAUACACCCACACAUAAGGACCGCAUACUCAUACCCACAUCCAUACCCUAGAUUCCGACGCCUACACCCCACACCCACACCCAUACAUCCGUAUUCACUCAUAAUGCAUACUGAACAGGUUCUUUAUAGUAGCAUUUUUUUUACAGAACUAGUAUUGACAUGAAUGUGAGCUGCUGUGCAUUUGGAUAGAGAGAACAUCCACACCCUCACAGAAGAUUGAAUCUUUUUUCAAAAGUAAACCUUACAUACGCGACCAUGAGAUACUGUGGGAGAGAAAAAAAAUCAAGAUUUUAUUAUUGACUUCGUCAUAUUGACUACUUGCGAUAAGACUCUCUUGUGCUCUCUGUUUGCCGAUAAGAUAUCGCUUCUUUUUGUUUGACUAUAUUCAUAUCACGCACUUCGUCACAAAUGUUUGACGAACUUCAAGAUACAAUAUAGGCAGUGUUGUCUGUUUGCGAAGGUUUUGUUGCAAAGAAUCAAGUUUUCCCAAGGGAAAAACGGUAGACUCCAAUCUCUUGGAGUCCCUUGAAGUCUCAUGAAAUUUUCGGUAGCUCUGCAAAAGUCUAUCAUAAAAAUCUAAAACAGCUGCGUCUUGGUUGUGGGUAGGUGUGAGUAUGGAUGAUUGUGAGUUUUCUCUUCACGCAUACAUCCACCCACCCACAGUCAGAUCCACACAUCCACACCCAUCGACAUUCACAUCAGUGAUUGGACUAGUACAAGUACGCCAAGUAAAAGUACAAAUACUUUUUACUUAAGAGCCAUUGCAUGUAAGCCACGACCCGGAGUGCUCAAUCGACCAUCUCCGAUUUCGUUCAUUUUUAUAUAUGUGAUAGAGGAAAGUGUUUGAUGAUGUCUGCCGAAAACCACAUCGAAAAACGUUGAUCCACUGGGUUUUUAUUGAACUUCUACAAAAACUUCCAAAAUCCUCGAUCAUGAGAAAACCGUUCAUUGUUACGACUGUAUCUCGAGAACGGCUGAACAGAUCGAGCUCAAACUUUCUAUGAACACUCAUAGCUAAUGAUGCUAUCAUCAGAAAAAAUUUCAAGCAAAUCGCUUGUACCAUUGGUUUUCUGCAAAUAUCCUUUGGAGGGGUGAAAAUGCUAAUUUUACCCAGUUUUGGGAGCCUACAUCUGGCGACUAGAGCAUGAUGGAGUCUUGAAACUUUUUUUGCAAAAAGAUCUUGAUGAUAUCUUAUUUCGGUAAAAGUUUCAGCUUGCCUGUGCAAAGUGUUCGUUUUUAACAACCGAAGCAAAGUCGGAUUUUUCGUAAAAAACGCGAUUUGGGACGUUGGCGGUCUCAAAAAAUAUACAAUAGCUAAUGAGCGGAAUACUUGGCCCCGAAAGCCUCAUCUUUAGUCUACAACUUGGUGCAAAAACCUUCACGGGAUCUCUAUGGGAGCCUUGGCCAUAGGAGCUGCGCGGUUACCCCUAUACCAAGUAAGUGACUUUUGACCCUAAAUCUCAACAGCGAUGAGGAAAGCUAUUUAGAUAUGAUAUAUAGGUAACUUUUCACGGAGAAAACGAUGCUAAUAAUGUCAACUGUGUUCAUAUUCAAAAUUUGGUGGGGGGGGGGGGGGGGGCGGUUUAAGAAACAUUAGCUGGUAUCUAGAGAAUGUGCUUUUUCGAUGUAGUUGAGAAGAUUUGGAAUCUUCGAAAACUUUUAGAUGUAUCUAAUUAUUGAAGUAGUGAAGUUUUCGUGUCGAUCUUUAUACGUUUCAAUACUCAGAAGCGGCACCGCUUCUCCAUGGUGAUCUCGAGUUAAGUUAUUCGAGUACUAUAUACUUGAACUGGACUUUAAAUUGAAUGUUUCUAAACGUGUUGGAGUAUUCUUUAUUCGAUACAAAUAUGACUAAUACUACCGAUUAGUAACUAUGCAGCUAGAUAUUAGUUCAUAAGGAAUGCUAGUCACAGCUAUUCCCUAUUUUCUUCUAAAAGUUCGACGAUCAAUUCUUGCUUGGCUGUGACACCAUAUUUGGCUCCCAACUUCCUGAAUUGAUAUUUUAUCUGAUUUAUAGUUGCGUAUUCGUGAGACUGAAAUAAUUUUUCACCGUUGGAGUUGUCACGUUCGGUACGCAUCUGUUGUUGGACUUACUCAGGCGUAAGGUUUGAGCGUGUCUUUUGCGAAUUAAGCCACAUGUCUUCGAUGAAAUCUUUUGUCUUUUCACUCAUCAGCGUCUUGUGCUUGCAAGUGCGUAAAGCCCAUCCUGGUAAUGACAAAUAUUGAUAAUGAGCCGAACUAGACAUAUCGGUAUGUGAUGAGUUCUGAGAUUUCUUUAUUUUGACUUUUUCUUGCUGUGACUGAGUAUUUGUUGAUCGUACAGUCUCGAUCAGAUGAAACCGAGCGAUAUCAUUAGUUGUUCUUGAAUUUGAUGGUGGAACCUUAUAUAAAUUGGCUGCGAUGUGUGAGUCGAGAUCAGCGCUAGAUUCGAAAGUGCAGGUGCAUCCACUCACAGGACACAUAAAAAACUGGUGAUAUUCACGAUCGGUUCUUCUGAAUAAAAAUAAAAGUUAAGAAAAGUGAAAGGUAACUCUUUUACUUCUUCGACACAACAGCACAGCCUUGACCGAAUAGUUAACUAUCUCCUUCCAUUUGAUCAAAAAAUUCGUUAUUUAUUAUAUAAAUCGAUUUCUAGAUGAAUCUAUAUUGAUUAUCUUAUUAUACAUAAAGAUUGACAACGGAGAUUAUUCAUUAUUUUAAUAAUCUAUCCUAGAAACAUUAUAUUGAUCUGAACAAUUUUGACACAAUUUAUUUCUCUCUACUGAACGAUCGCUAACAAACGAUUAAUAUUUCAUCCGAUUUGAACGUGUUUUGUCGAAAAUCUGUUUUUAACUGCUAGCUGAAACGUUCUAUAAGACGAAAUAAUGAUAAAAUAGUUCGAAUUAUCGAUUCAAAAUUUCUAAGGAAAUAAAUUUAAUCGAUCCUUAUAAAAAUGUUUUGAAAAUAAAUUUAUUUGAAUAGGAUAUUUAUCGAUAUGGUUAAACAAAGAAAUUCGAAAAUAAAAAAUAAAAAUAUUUUGUUUUUUUUUAUAUUUAUUAAUAUAGAAGUGGUGAUAUACCUGAUUGUUACAAUCGAGUUCGUUAUAUUCGAGAUUCUUGUAAAGUGUUGUCUGAUCUUUGGAAAACAGAUAAAGAUUUUUUAAAUAAAAGUAUUGAUAAUGAUGUAUCAAAAUCAUUGAAAAAAUUUCGUUUGAGUGAUGUUGCACGUUGUUAUCGUUCUCCAUAA